CCUGAUGUCAGAGCCGGGGAAGCUGAAGCAGAAGAUCAACGUUUGGGCCGAAGAGUACUGGAACAUCACAGACGCGGCGGCCAUCUUUACCUUCCUCCUGGGCCUGAUGCUGAGGCUGCAGAACGAGCCCCUGUUGGGCAUCGGACGGGUCAUCUACUGCGUGGAUAUUAUCUUCUGGUACAUCAGGGUGCUCGACAUCUUCGGGGUCAACAAGUACCUGGGACCCUACGUCAUGAUGAUCGGGAAAAUGAUGGUUGACAUGUUGUACUUCGUGGUGAUCAUGCUGGUGGUGUUGAUGAGUUUCGGCGUGGCGCGGCAGGCCAUCCUGCACCCUGAUGAGAUCCCAACAUGGCGUCUGGCCAGGAACAUCUUCUACAUGCCUUACUGGAUGAUCUAUGGCGAAGUGUUCGCUGACUCCAUAGACCUCUAUGCAAUGGAAAUCAAUCCACCAUGUGGGGAUAACAUGUACGAUGAGGAUGGGAAGAAGCUACCUCCUUGUAUCCCUGGAGCGUGGCUCACUCCAGCCAUCAUGGCCUGCUACCUGCUGGUGGCCAACAUCCUCCUGGUCAACUUACUCAUCGCUGUCUUCAACAACACCUUCUUAGAGGUCAAGUCCGUCUCCAACCAGAUCUGGAAGUUCCAGCGUUACCAGCUGAUCAUGAAGUUCCACGACCGGCCCCUCCUCCCUCCGCCCCUCAUCAUCUUCAGCCACAUCUACAUCGUUCUGAAGCACGUCUGUCGCCGCUGCAAGAGGAGAACAGAGGGAGAGCAGGACGACAGGGACAACAAAGGACUACAGCUGCUGCUGAAUGCUGAGGAGCUGAAGGCUCUGUAUGAGUUUGAGGAGCAGUGUGUGGAGGAGUAUUUCAGAGAGAAGGAGGACGAGGAGCAGUCAUCUAGCAACGAACGCAUCAGGGUCACAUCUGAGAGGUCUGAGACCGGACAGCUAUGGUCUUCCCUCUUUAGGGGGGGAACUACUUACAUUUAAAUUAGCCUUGUAGAACCAUCUCAGUAUUCACUACAGUUAUUCAUAGUUAUCAGUAAA